AUGGAGGGCAAGAGUGGCGAGGUGUACGCCCUGCCAAGACUUCAAGGUUGGAUGUCCGAGCGACAUAAGAAGGUGAAGACACUGUACCAAAAGACACCACCCGAUGUAUGGACCGAGCAUGUCAUGGCCGUCAAGCAAGCCAUGGAGCAGAGCAUGCCAGAGGACUGCGACUUUGACUACGUUCUUUUCAACAGGUACAGGAAUGGCGAUGACAAGAUUGGAUUCCAUCGCGAUGAUGAGGCAGAGGGUGUCAGCGCCAAGGGCAUACCAAAGUCAUUCAUUGGAUCAAUCUCAAUAGGUGCCACACGAACAUUUAUACUGAGGAACAAUCACAAGACCAAGGACAGUGAGGGAAGGAUGCGACAGGCCAAGCUGGAAUUCCCAAUGACCUCGGGAUACUUGAUCAUUAUGUGUGGCGAGACUCAGAACAACUGGUACCACGCAGUACCAGCAGAGCCAGAGAUCAAAGAGGCUCGCAUCAAUCUGACAUUCAGAGUGGCCUAG